AUUUUUAGGUGAGAUGUAAGUUAUAAUUAGUUAAAAUAAUUAAAUAUACCAAAUUUUAUUAUAACUAAAUAUUAUAUUUUAAUAGUCGGUGAAAAUAGUAUAUAUUUUCUUUUGUAAUAUUAAAGGUGAAAAAAUGACACUAUAAUAAGUGUUUUUAUUUUGUAUUUCUUAACAAAUAUAAAGUGUCUGUGAUAUAAAAAUUAAAUUUUAUACUUUUUAACUGAGAUUAUAAGGAAUAAUUAGCAUACAAUUAUAGAAAGAUAUGUCAAUAAUGUAACUGUAUACAUAAUUAUAUAAAAUAAUGUGUUCUAUUAAUAAAAUAAAAGGUUAAAAUUCUAAAAAGAAAAAGGUUCAGAUUAUCCAAUAACACACAAAAGAAAAUUUUGAUAGAAUACUGUUGAAAGGAAGUAAGCAAACUUAAUUUUGAUAUAAACCCAAAAGAAAAGAAUAAUUAUUAUCAUUUAUAUAACAGUUGCCUAAUAUAAAUAUUAGAAAGAAGUGGUGUGGCCAUCGAUAAUUAUGGAAAGGAGGUUACAAAAUACAUGGUUUGACCAAUAGAUGGUAGUUAUGGAAAUGCAGUUUUAAUUUCAAUUCAGUUUUAAAGUAUUAUGUUUUAUUUUUUUAGAUUUGAUAACAUAGCAAUUAUUAGACUGAACAUAUGUCAAUUGGUCAUACUUGUGUUUUAAUAGAAUAGAUUACAGUUCACGUCAAAUCUUUAAGAUUACUAAUAUCUUUUAAAUUAUUACUCAAUUUGCAGGUCGAGAGAGAAGAAGAAACAAAGAAUGAGAAGACGAAAGAGAAAACAGCUGUCAUCAUCAUUGUUUGAGCCUAUACAAGAACCGUUGUGAAAUCAUCUUCUUCAUUGGUGAUGAUGAUGGAUAAACGCUUGGAUUCGAUGAAUCAGGUGGUGGAAGAGAUCAUGAGCAUCCACAGAUCCUUACCGCCUAGACCAGACAUCGACGACGUCGAAGCCGCGACUUCUCUCAUACAGAACGUCGAAAACGACGACCAGAGCCGCUUGGACGCCGUCGAUAGAGAGAUCAAAAGCUCCGGCGUUCCUCAGGAGCUUUUCGACGUGCUGCAGGAGAUGAGGAGAGGUCUUGUUCGUUUCCAGAGUAAAGAGCAGAAGCGAGAGGCCGCGAAAGUGCUCGAUCUCGAAUCUGCACACGUCCUGUUCGGCGAAUUGAUUCAGAGAGCUUAUGCGAAUCUCUCUCGGCCUCCGCUAGCGCCGGUUGUUUCUCCGGCGAGUUUGUAUUGUUCUGAUGAGGCUCUUGUCAAGUCCAAGGAGAUGUUCACGCGCGACGAUACGUUUGUUAACAAGGUCAAAUCUUCGCUCUAUAGUGACGGUUUCUUAGCUCCUCGCAAGCCUCAGGCUUUGGAUUCAACAACACUUCAGGCUAAGAACCUCACUGGCCAUGAUGGGGAGAAGCUGAGUCUCAUAAAGCUUGCAACUUUGAUUGAAGUGUCCGCCAAGAAAGCUACUCAGGAGCUGAACCUGCAGCACAAGCUGAUGGAUAAUCUCGAGUGGCUUCCUGAUUCUCUAGGAAAGUUAUCGAGUCUCGUUAGGCUGGAUCUGUCUGAGAAUUGCAUCAUGUCACUACCAGCGACCAUAGGAGGGCUUCUGUCUUUGACGAGGCUCGAUUUGCAUUCGAAUAGAAUCGGUCAGCUUCCUGAGUCUAUAGGAAAUUUGAUGAACUUGGUCAACCUGAACCUUAGUGGAAACCAGUUGACGUCUCUACCAUCGUCUCUGAGUAGAUUGGUCAAUCUCGAGGAGCUUGAUUUGAGCUCUAAUAGCCUCUCUGUUCUCCCUGAAACCAUUGGUUCCCUCGUGAGCCUCGAGAAGCUAGACGUUGAAACAAACAAUAUCGAAGAGAUUCCUCAUAGUAUCUCGGGUUGUUCUUCCUUGAAAGAGCUCCGUGUAGAUUACAACAGGCUUAAAGCUCUUCCGGAAGCUGUUGGGAAGAUAACUACCUUGGAGAUUUUGACCGUCCGUUACAAUAACAUUCGGCAGUUACCUACGACAAUGUCCUCCAUGGCUAACCUCAAAGAGCUUGAUGUGAGUUUCAACGAGCUUGAGUCUGUACCAGAGAGCUUGUGUCACGCUACAACGCUUGUUAAGCUGAACAUUGGGAACAAUUUUGCCAACCUGAGAUCACUCCCGGGGUUGAUAGGCAACCUUGAGAAGCUGGAAGAGCUUGAUAUGAGCAAUAACCAGAUCCGUUACCUUCCUUACUCUUUCAAAGCGCUUUCACAGCUGCGUGUUCUUCACACACAGCAAAAUCCACUUGAAGAGCUUCCAAGGGAUAUAAUCAAAAAGGGGGCUCAGGCCGUGGUUCAGUACAUGAAUGAUCUAGUGGAGGCAAGAAACACCAAAUGUCAAAGAACUAAGCAGAAUAAGAGUUGGGUCGACAGAAUCUGCUUCCUCUGCAAGUCCACCAACUAGAGAACACGGAGCCACUCUUGAACAAAAUCUGACUUCGAUUUCAUUCUUACAACUCCUGAAAGUCCAAUCAAAGAUCCCACUUGUAUACUUUGUAUUUGUUCAUACCUGACUUGAUCCUGAGGAAAAUGUAAUUCAAUUUCGUAAUGUCAAAUUGUUUGUAUUCUUGUUUCUCUUGUUGUAACUUUCUUAUUUUUGAAUGCUGAAUUGAAUUGUAAUUCAAUGCUUGUUUCUUCUU